AUGUCGCUCAUCCCGGAGCAUGCCUGGGAGGCUAUCGGACACACCGAGUACCAGCUCAUCCUCUACCACCCCGCUUCCCACGCUCUCCAAGUCCGCAACCAGCCCCACCACGACCAUUUUCUCAGCGACAAUAUCACGGGCUCGACCAUCUCGGCCGGGGAGAACUUGGAGGCGGAGGAUGAACAAGUCACACCUAUCCUGCUGUGCCCUUCGUGUGCUCGACCGUUGCCUACUGGAGCUGGGAAUGUACCCGAAGGUCUGGCGGGAGGGUCGCGCCAUCCAGCUCCGACCAACUACUUUCGGGUGCUCGAGCAAGUACACGGUUCGACGGGCGCUUUCGCAGACGAGACCACGCCACCGCCAUUCCAAAACGCCUACGACGACGAUCCGGAUACGAGCCAAGACCUGCCUUCAAGAGGCUACUAUGCGAGGUUCUUCCAUGAAGAGAAGAGGCUUGGAAUGGGUGCGGCGGGUAGCGUGUUCUUGGCAACCCACCACAUUGACGGCGAUGUUCUAGGGCAGUACGCGGUCAAAAAGAUUGCUAUCGGACGGUCCAAGUCGUAUUUGCACAAGAUGCUUCGAGAAGUGAGGCUUCUUGGGGCUUUGCGGCAUCCCAAUAUCAUUGCGUAUCAUCACGCUUGGAUCGACACCACCCGGUUCUCAAAGCAAGCCGCUUCUCCCUACCACGUCUACGGACCAGAUGUACCAGCACUCUAUGUUCUCAUGAUGUACGCCUCAGCAGGCAACCUCGAUAGCUACCUAUCCACCCGCUCAUACUCCCACCUCCCAACAAACCACUCUGAAGGGGUCGCCGACAAUGAGAGUUUCGACAACCUGCCCAAGGAAGAAAGGAUCAAAGAGUUCAAAAGGAGGCGGCAGUCUCUGAGGCGGCCCUCGGAGGGCGGGCAGGCGAGCGGGAACUGGUCGAGGAGGAGAGAGAAUCGAGCGAUUAUGUUGUUGGGCUGGGAGGAGAUUCUGCAUUUGUUUUCGGAUAUCAUGGACGGCUUGUCUUUCUUGCAUUCGCAAUGUAUACUGCAUCUGGACUUGAAGUGCUCGAACGUCCUAUUGCAUUGGGAAGAAGGACAACUCGUACCUAGGGCAUUGUUAUCAGAUUUCGGGACCUCCGAAGAGAUGCUGAAAGGAAACAGAGAACGAAGCGGGCAUACUGGUACCAUGGAGUAUAUGGCGCCAGAGACACUCGUCCACGAUGCCGUGGGACAUUAUCGGCCAUCCGAUUCUUACGCCGACAUAUGGUCUUGCGGCAUGAUAUUCCACAAACUUCUCUUCUUGAGACUGCCUUAUGGAGAUACAGAAGACUAUGAUGCGUUGAGGGAAGAGAUCCUUGCUUACCCUGGGUUUAUCCCGAGUGAGGACGUGCUGUGGAGCCUGGAACGACGACACAUGCCUCCAGGUGUCGUCGAUCUCCUCUAUCGGUUACUCUCUCUAACGCCAGAGAAGAGACCGAUGGCGUAUAGGGUCAAACGGCUGUUGUCGGAUAUACAGGAGUACACGAGUCAGAUGGGCCUUCAAGACGUGGAUUCUGCUUUGAAAAGCGAGACGGGCAUGGGAGAGGUCGCCUUGCGGAGGAGUAUCGUCGAUAUACCUUCCGAUGUCAAUGUCCAACCAUUCAUACCUCCCAGGACCAUCCUCACCCGAAUCAAAAGCCGCGUAUCUCGAUCACUACGCGUAGCUACUCGACGGGGAUACCUCAGACCUCAUCAGCCAAUACUGCCUCUCGCCCUGUUUUCCCUCAAGAUGAUCUCGAUACAGCCAGCCAUAUUUGGAGCGAAUGUGCCUGCCUGGGCAGCUAUACUGUUGUUGGUGCUUGCUCUGGGUGAUCUGGUUGGCGAGGGGAAGUAUUGGUCUUGGUUAUUGGUGGGGGUUCACGCCGGCGUUUUGUAUGCUCUUCCUCGGUAG